CGAGGGAUUCAUCAUAUCCUCGUGCCUUCAUCUCCUUAGAAUCGUCCCUCCAACCAUGGCCUCCUCCCCAACCGUCCUCGUUACAGGAUCCGCCGGCCACCUCGGCCACGCCCUCAUGCUCUCUCUUCCUACGCAAGGCUACCAACCUAUCGGGAUCGACAUUCUUCCUUCAGACCACACAAGCCACGUCGGCUCAAUCGCCGACAGGUCUUUCGUCGCUUCCAUUUUCUCACACCACCCGUCAUUACAACACAUCCUCCACACGGCCACCCUGCACAAGCCGCAUGUAGAAUCCCACUCCAAGUCCGAAUUCGUGGAUACGAAUAUCCAAGGGACGCUGAACCUCCUCGAGUUGGCAGUGGAAAGCGGACACAUCAAGUCCUUUAUCUUCACCAGCACCACGUCCACAUUCGGCGCUGCACUGGCUCCCAAACCAGGCCAACCGGCGGCGUGGAUCGACGAGAGCGUAGUCCCAAUCCCGAAGAACAUCUACGGCGUGACAAAGUGUGCUGCUGAAGAUCUGUGCCGGCUUGUACAUAGCCAGUCGAAGAUGCCGGUGUUGGUGUUGAAGACGAGCAGGUUCUUUCCUGAACCGGACGACAGUGCGGACGCCCGAGAGAUGUAUGAUGACGACAAUCUCAAGAUCUUGGAGCUGUUGUAUCGCCGUGCAGACAUUGCUGAUGUGGUGAGUGCGCAUGUUUGUGCGAUACAGCAGGCGGAGAGAAUAGGAUGGGGCAAGUUCAUUGUCAGCGCGCCGCCACCAUUUGUCAAUGAUGAGAGGACGCUGCAGAUGCUGAACGGAGGUCAAGCGGGGGAUGUGAUUCGGAAUUUCUUGCCAGACGAGGCAGAGAAGCUGUUAGAGAAGGGGUGGAAGCUCCCGGAGGAUACGGACCGGGUGUAUGACUCUUCAAAGGCGGUGAGGGAGUUGGGAUGGAAGCCGGAGUACACUUUUUCGAGGGCGGUGGAGUGUGUGGCGAGAGGCGUGGAGUGGAGGAGUGAGCUGGCCGUGCAAGUUGGCAAAAGAGGGUAUCAUGCAAAGCCGACCGGAGUAUAUACAUCUUGA